AUGCCAACCAUAUUUGAUUUUACAAGCCAUUUGAACAAGCCAUCAGGCCGCAACAGGAAUAAGAGAAUAAGAGAACCUGUAAGUAUUGUCAUGUUUAAACCACACAAUGUUGUACCCAAUAUAGUCAUCCUAACCUGAUCUCAGUAAGUGUAUAAUCUGAUACUAUUGCAUUAACUCCAGUCUACGUCUAAUUAUAUAUUUGAUUCCUUUAGGCUGAGGCAGAGUUUGCAUCCUUGAAGAAAGCUAAAGGUGAUUGGUUUGGUAAAUCCAUUUAUUUUACUAAUUUGUUGUUUGUUUUACCAUAACAAUUUAAGAUUUCCAUAUUUGGCCAUCUAUUUUCCUACCCAAAAGGACAUUUAAAUAAUUGGGUCAACUUCAUGGCAGUGCAUAGUCAUGUGGUCUGUAUUGGGAUAGCCUAUAUGUUAAGUAAGAAAAGUACACCCUUUUAAUAGGAUAUUUGUAGAAAUGUCUCAACAUAUUUAUUCAAUAUUUGUUCUAUCGCCUGUCCAUGUUUUCUCCUUUACUACAGAAGAUGCUCCACCUGAGGUAAAAGAUAAGCCAGGAGAGAAUAGUGCAACAUGUGAUUUACAGCAAGAGGACCAAAGGAGAGAGGAUGUCUACAACUCCAAAUCAAAGGAAAUCCUUAAAGUCUACUUCAAGGAAACUCUUGCGUUCACUGGAUUCAGCAUAGGGAACGAUGCAAACCCCAACACUGAUGAGCCAAUGGGAGGCCACAGGGGGCAACAGUCUCUCAACCCCAUCUGUGUUGAAAGAAUCGACCAGAAAGAAGUCCUCCAGUUUAGCGAGAACCUCAUGCGGGAGGAGAUCCGGAACAGUUUAAGGUUGGCACGCUUUUUCUCCAUUCUGCUGCAAGAUGUCACAAACAUAGAGGGAAAAGAUCAGAUCCCAGUUUUCAUCAGGUCAGUCACUGUGGCAGGAUUCCCUCAGAAACACCUCAUGGGGUUCCUGCCCUGUGAUGCAGAUGCUGAGGGUCUGUUUUACAUGCUGCUCUCAGAAAUACGGAAUAAGUGGGGGCUGCGGAUGGAGCAUUGUCGAGGACUUACCUACCUAACCACAGGCAGUCUAUGUCAGAAAAUGAAAGAUCUCACCAGCAGGAUUCUGCAGGAGUUUCCUCAGGUAGUGCUAGCACCUAGUGACCCAUACGCCUUUAACAUGUGGCUCAUCCGCUCCAUGCCCAUGCCUUCCAUCCAGAAGGUUGUGAACACCGUGGAGGAGGUCGCCACAAUGCUUAGAGGGUCCCCAGAUCUUUGGGAAAGACUGGAGGGGAAGAUCAAGUCAUCAUACGGCCACCUUAAAGGUGAAGUGGACAGAAUCACAGAGGCUUGCCAGAACACCUGGGAGUAUGGUGUUGAUGCCUUCCAGACCAUGUUGGACAUUCUUGAGCCAUUCCUCGUCUGCAUCAACGAGGUGUGCUCGGCCGCGAACGCAGACACUGCUACUUGUGAGCAGAUGGCCAAGCUCAAGCCGAUCCUAAAGAACUUCAAUUUCCUCAUCACCCUUGUUGUUCUGAAGAAUACCCUCUGCUGCGUGAGCAUCCUCAACCCGAGUCUCAGGGGAGCCAUCAGCAUCAGCAGCACCUUGCAGUACACAAUCUCCAACGCCUUAAAGCUGGUCAACAAACAUCUGCAGGAGAUAGCAAUAUUCCACAGGAAGUGGUUUUCUGACGCAGUGGGUAGGGCUAAAAAGCUGGGAGUGGAGGUUGCUAGGCCUGAGGAGAGCUCACCAGAUACUGGCGAGGCAGGUGCAACUGAAACCUCUCUGGAGGAUUUCUACAGAGAGACUCUGAGCAGGCAGAUCUUACAGUACCUUGUUGCGGAGGUGAAGAGGGUGUUUAGCACUGAGAUGGUUCGGAUUCUGAGAUGGCUGUCGUUGGUGCCGUCUUAUAUGGCUGACCACAAUUUCAGUAUCCGCAGGGAUAAAGUGGCGGACGCGAACUUGAACAACCUCGCCCGGCCGGACACGUUUUACGAUGAGCUUGGUUGCUGGGAGGUGAAGUGGAGACAUGCUAGCAAGCGGAGGAUCCUACCCACAACAGUGUUUGCAACAUUGAAGAUCCCAGACAUUGCAUUUUACCCAAACGUGCAGAGCCUGCUGAGAGUUCUGGGCACCAUCCCCUGUGUGAACGCAGAGGCAGACGUGUAUGGGCAGUACAACAUGGUGCUGGAGAGGUACCAGUCCUACCUGAAAGCCACACCGGAGGAUCAGAGACUGUGCAACAUGGCAUUUGUCUAUGUCAAUCAAGACGUGCACUUCAAUGUUGAAGACAUGGUGGAGUCCUAUGUGGAGAAGCAUCCUGACAUAUUGCACUUGUUGCAUAUGGUAAGUUUAUUUUAAUAUAAAAGUUAUUCAUGUGUUUUUAAUUUAAGUAUUUGCUUAGCAAUCACAUAAACUGAAGAUUUAAAAUCAUUUGAAAAACAUAAAAAAAUUGUUACCGUAGGUGGAUGUUGAAUAGUUCUUAACUUAUUUGUUGUUAUUUUACUAAUAUUUGCAUUUGCUUUUAUUUUCUAUGUUCAUAGGAUGAUGAUGUGAUAGAGAUGCACUCUGCAGCUGGUAAGGAAAUCAUAUUAUUAAUAUAUAUUAUAUUUAUUGCAUCAUUGCGUAUAUCAAAAUAUUUGCCUUAAUACCUAUGUUUAUUCCUUCAUCCUUCUUGGCUCACGCUCUUGACUGCUUGAUUUCAGAACCAGUCUCUGAGAAUGAUGGACAACACACUCUAAAGGAGAAUGUUGAAGAAACACAAAAAGAACCACAGGACAUGGCCUUAGAGAUGGAGACAGAGAGAGUGGAGCAACCGAAAUGCGCGGCCUCAGAGACUAAUAAGGAGGCACUCAAAUCUGCUCUGCAGGCUGCGGUGACAGCUGCAUAUAACAGCCAGAGCAGACAGCCUGGUGAGGCCUCUGCUGAACAGGAUGGCGAGGUUGAAGACACAUUGAAAUAUGUGUCGAAGUCUGAGAUGAAAGAAGUUCUCAGAGUAUGCGAGGAUGCAGUCAGGGAGGGAAUUCUUUUGGAGGUGGGCACUUCCUUUUUCUCUCUGUUCAUCGACCGCGUUGUGAAGUUAGGGGAUAAAAAACAUCUUCCCCUCUUCCUCAGGUUUGUGGACAGUUUUGAUGUCAUGCGAUUGGAGCUCAUGGGAUUUCUGGAUGUGGAUCUGGACUGUGAUGCCAUGUCAGAGCGCAUAUUGGAAAUUGUCACCAAAGAGUGGUGUCUCGAUUUGUGUUACUGCAGAGGUCAAGCCUACCUAGGAUCUGGUGAUGUCUCCUACAAGCUGAAAGCCUUUGCCUGCAAAAUCCAGGAAAAGUACCCCCUUGCAAUAUGCACACACAGCUCUUGUUACUCAUUUAACACAUGGUGGUCAAAAUCCACCCCUGUGCCGUCAGUCAAACGGGCGCUGGAUGUUUUUGAAGAGGUGUUGAUGUUUUUUGGGAGCACGCCUAUGCUUGAGAAACAGCUGGAUCAUGUCAUUGCAUUUGGUCUUAGGGAAAGCUAUGAAAAGGUUCAAGAAUUGCAGGGGAAGUUCUGUACCGUCUGGCAAGAGAAGCACGAUUCCUAUGAAGUCUUUGUACAGAUGCUUGAGCCCCUUGUUGAAUGUUUGGAGAAAAUCAAGAGCAACCCACAGAGAUGGAAAUCCUCACUCUCUCUAAAAGCUGGAGCACUGCUGUGUUUGAUAAGGGACUUUGAUUUCAUUGUGCCCAUGGUAGCCCUGAAGAAUGCCUCAUCCUUCACCAGGGAGCUAAGUGCAGGACUCCAGAAGGAUCAUUUCAGUGCAGCAUCCCAGCUCUGCCAGAUCAGUGGUAUAGUGGCUACUCUCAACAGGGUCAAAACAAACAUCAAGGUCUUUCACCAGAAUUGGUUCGACGAAGCCUGUGCCCUUGCCCAGAGUCUGGUUGUGCAGAUAAAAGUGCCUGAUAAUUCAUCUGCGGCCAGGGAUAGCAUGAUGAAGCCAGCUCUGUAUUACAAAGAUGCACUGAGUGUGCCCCUAGUGGACAACCUCACCAAUGCUGUGAAGGAUCAUUUCUCUGAGGACCACAAAGAGGCUUUAAACUUCCUAUCCCUGGUUCCCUGCUCUGUGACUGUGAGUUACAUGUUUGAGAUCCUGAGGUCAAAGCCUCCUCUCUAUGCCAGUGAUCUGCCUGACUCCGACAACUUCUUCACCGAGUUGUGCUGCUGGAGGGUGAAGUGGAAGACCAAAGUUGCAUCAGUGACCAUCCCAGACACCAUCUUUCAGACUCUCCGUCUGCCACUCAUGCAAUACUUUGGGAACAUCAACACACUGCUGAGGAUCAUGUCUGUGUUACCCAGUACGGUACUGGAGAACUGUGGGGAAGCAAUGCGCCACAAGAUGUUCCAGGAAUACCUGAGGAACACCAGCUCCAAGGACAGGUCCCCAUGUCUAGCCAUGCUGCAGGUGGGAACCAACUUCAGCAGAGAUCUGGACCGGAUGGUGACUAAGUGCUUGAAGGUCACUCCCCAGGCUUUAGAGGGUAUCUGCUUGGUAAGUUUUCAAAAUCCAUUUACAUGAUUAUUGUUUUGUUUAAUAUGUUAUGCAGUCUUUCAGAGCAGCCUAUACUGAGAUGUUGUCCUUUUUAAAUAUAUUAUUUCCUUUUAAUAAUGUCUAUUGAAAAACAAAUUCGCAGGAUAAGGAAUCCAAAAGUCUGAUGAAGAACUCUGAAGUCAACAUGGAAGGUAUGUGAUAGCAAAGCUUUGUUUCAAUUAAUCCCUGUGUGAUCAUUUAGUAUUUAUUAGCUAAUAACUGUGUAAUAACACUUACCAUUUAGUAUAUGUUGGUAAUAGGGAUGGGCCCAGGUUUUGUCAAGUGAAACACUUGUUCUCAUUCACCUUACUAUCACCUUAAUUUUAUUCUCAAUUAUUUUUCCAUUUUAUUUUAAUGACAUGAACUCUAUGGUAGAGUAAAUAGAAUUUACUAAUUCAACUUUUUUAUAUUUUCAGUGGAUCAUGACAAAGAUGGAGCAGAGGAGCUUGAGAAUAAACAGUCUUCUGACAAGAAAAAGGACCAGGAAAUUAAAGCGGUGGAUGAGAAUGGGCACACUGGAGAUAAUCGGCAGAGUUUGGAAGCAGUGUUCAGACUGGCUGCACGUUUGGGGAAAAAUAAGUGCCAGCUUUCCGAACUCUCCAAAGAAGAUCAAGACCUUCUCAUCCAGGAUCUCAGCAUGUGCCACUGGUUUGGAAGAGAUGGCAAGUUCACGCUUAACGUAGGAGAGGAGGAAAUGGUACAGCUGCUUACAAAAUCCAUCAGGGAAGUCAUACUCUCAGAAAUACAGGAGUCCCCCUUCUUUUCUCUUAUCACAGAUAAACCAGUUGUAAUUGCUAAUAAGAGCUAUCUGCCCGUCUUUGUCAGAUAUGUUGGGGAAUGUGCCCCCAAGGUCGAGCUCAUUGGUUUUUUGCGAUUUUUUGAAACCUGUGACGUUGAUGUUCAAGCCAAGAAUCUCUCUGUGACUCUAACUGAAGACUGGGGAUUGCCAAUGAGUCAGUGCCGUGGACAAGCAUUAAUGCGCAUGGGUUAUGGUUGUCACAGCCUGAAGAAGAUGUCUUUGGAGUUCCUCGAGAGCUAUCCUCUGUCUGUCAUCACACCCAGUGAGUCUUGUGGUCUUGCCUGUUGGCUAGCAGGAAGCGUACACUGCCCACCUGUCACAAAGAUGCUGCAAAUUGUGGAAGACCUCCUACUGUUUUUUGACCGGUCACCUGGGCUAGAGGCAGAGCUAGCACAGGCUGUGGAUGGGUUACUUAAUACACCUCGGGAGGCCUUGGAGGAGAUUCCAGAAACCUGUUGCUCCAGGUGGAAGAAGAGGGAGGACUUUUUUGAUCUCCUAGUUGACACAUUGGAGGGAGUCUUGAGUUGCCUGGAUUCAGUUAGUGCCCGUGGUGCUGGAACUAUGUCGCUACAUGCACAGGUCCUCGCCACUGCUUUGAGAGAUACAGAUUUUGUCGUCACACUUGUGAUCCUGAAGAACGCUUGUGCUCCUCUUCGGAACUGCAGCACUGUCUUCCGCUGUGGUAACCCUGCUGACAUCAUCUGUGAAGUGGAGAAGAUCGUACCAAUCAUAGAGACACUGAACAAGAUGCUGGAGAACAUAAGCACUGUACAUUCACCUUGGUUUGAGGAAGCAUUCCAACUAGCAUCCAAGGUGGCCCCUCAGCAAGUGUGUUUCCCAGAGAAAGCUAACUCUUACGAGUCUCCAGAGAUGUACUACAAGGACAACUUGAGUGUUCCUCUACUGAGCAGCCUCGUUGAUGAAAUGAAGUACAACUUCUCCGACAGUCACUUAAAAGCCCUGAAAAUCUUGUCUCUGCUCCCCACCUGCAAUCCACAGCCCAUUUCAGAGCCAAUCCGCGCAGAGUCCACAGACAAGCUAUACAGUCUCUACCUGUCCGACCUCCCUGAUCCUGACACAGUAGAGCAGGAUAUCAGUAACUGGGCCUCUGUCUGGAAAGAGAAAUAUCAAGACGUCUCACCACCAGCGUCUAUCUCUGAGAUACUGCUUCACGCUGAGUCUCAACGCCAUCCCACGGUGACCAGGCUGCUCAGACUGGUGGCUGUUCUACCCAGCGUCAGUAUGGAGUGGGACCUGAUGAAGACCACCCUGAACUCCAUGAGAGCUCUGCUGAAGAACACUGUCUGCAAGGGCAGCAAAACAGAUACUGUGAUGCUUCUCAUGCAUUACCCAACUGUUCAAAGACUAGGGGAGGUAAUUGAGAAGUGCAUUGAAGUUGACCCAGAAAGCAGCCCAUGUCUUGAGCAGGUACAUUAACAGCAAUACUCCUUUUAGCAUUCCAAUGCUGAUGUAUUUAUGACUGAUUUUAUUGGUAUAGGUAUGCAUAAAACAUUUUUAUAUUUUAUUUAUACAUUUUCAGUUUUACAGACCGAUAAUAACAGGAAACAAUACAUCAUCAACACCACUCACCACUUGACAAGACAUGCAUAUUAAAUGUAUUGUGUUGUAAAUGUAUUGAUUUCUGUUAUAUGAUUUAGGUGAAGAAACAAAUUCAAGGUCUGAAGCUGGAAAGUGGUAAGUGAAAGUUUUAAAUCAUAUGAACAUUCAUCAUGACGUGCUAUUACAUGGUUCAUGUAGAAUAUGAUAUCAUAAAGCAUCAUUUUUUAGGAGAGUGAAAAUGAGGGAAAGGGGGGAGGUGGUUGAAUUAACUUUGUGUGUUUCUGUUUAGAUUUUAGAGCUUUGGAUGUAAACCCUGAUGGAAGACAUGAGCAGGCAGUUGAGGAACACCAAGCUGGUAUGUCAGAGCAACUCCCUGCAGGAGAGCUGAAGGCAGAGGAAGAGGCAGAGGACAACGUGAAAGUGGAAGAUGCUGUGAUAAAGGAGGACAUUAUGAUCACAGAGGACAUUGUGAUCACAGAGGACUUUAUGGUGGCAGAGGGCGGCAGGGUGGCAGAGGGCGGCGGUGUGGCAGAGGGCGGCGUGAAAGUAGAAGACUGCGUGAUAACAGAGGAAGUUGUGUUUGCAGAGGACAAUGUGAAAGCAGUGGACAUCGUGUUAGCCGAGGACGGCGUGAAGGCAGAGGACGGUGUUGUGAUAGUAGAGGAUGGGGUCGUAGGUUUGAAGCAGGCCAUGUCUUUCUACGACCCACCUGUGCGUGAGGAAAUCCUCAAGGAACUCUGGGACUCACAGUUCUUUACAAUAAUAACGGAACGGGCGGUUGAGAUUGAGGGACAGCUCUACGUCCCCCUGUGCAUCAGGUACUUGGACAAACAGGACACUCAGUGCGAGGAGACUGUAGCUUUCAUCCCGUUCAGCCAGGACACUGCUGUCUUGGCUGAUGCUAUUGAAAUAGCCCUAUCAGAGAAAUUGGGGCUCAACAUGGAGUACUGUAGAGGGCAGGCUUUGCUAAGUGUUGGUGAGGUAGGGUCUCAGAUGAGGGCUGUCUCUGCUGUAAUAUCCCAGAAAUACCCCCUGGCCAUGCGAACAGUCAGCUCUGCGGUGUCUCUGAAUGUGUGGCUAGCCAGGUCAUCUCCUGCAGUGGCAGCAGCAGACUGUGCAGCAUCUGUAGAAAACAUGUUACAAUGGCUCACAGAGGACACAGAACGACAGACCAAACUGGAAGACAUGAUCAUUGCCAUGUUCCAACAUAAUGAGGGGAAGGGUAAUGAGCUUAGGGACAAGCUUAUCAAGAACUGGGAGAAGAGUAAUGAUAUGCAUGAGUUGAUGGUAGAGCUUCUAGAGGUAGUCAUGCUGUGCUUGAAUGAGCUGAAAAGUGAGGAGACUAGCUCAGGGACUGGCCAAGCACUGCUGUACUUCAAUAAAGUCAGAAGUUUUGAGUUCAUCUUCUCGGCUGUCGUGUUGAAGAAUGUCCUGAGUUUGACCAAAAAGCUGAGCCAAUCUCUUCAGGGCAAGCCUCUAGAUGUGUUGCUAGCUAUGAAUAGCUUGCCUGACCUCCUAACUUCCCUCAAUGAAUUGAAGAGUGAUAUCGACACACAUCACAAUGCCUGGUUUGAGGAAGCUGUCACUUUAGCUUCCAAGCUGCAGAUAACGCUGUUGCACUCUGCGCUUCUAGAACCCCUGAGUCAGUUUUACAAAAUAGCGGUGAGUCAGAAGUUGGUAGAGCACUCCAUUGUUGAGGUCAGUGAGCUCUUCACAGAGAAGGUCCUCAGUACCCUGAGGUGCCUGGAGAUUGUGCCUUAUGCCAUGUCAAAGGUGGAAAACAGCAGUGUAAAUGCCCAUGUUUUCCGCAUGUACAAAGACGACAUGCCUGACCUGGCAUCACUCCCCACAGAGAUGAAGUCUUGGAGAGAGAAGUGGUUGGAUCCCAUGUCCGGGUAUCUUCCAGCCACUGUGCUCGACACUCUGAAGGCAUCAGACAUUAGGAGCUUUAGUAACAUUGAAACCCUCCUAAGGCUCCUUGUCAUACUACCAUUUUCCCGGAGGGAGAGUACCUUCAGGCAGGGAAAGAGAAGCCUCCAGGGGUUCAUACAGCAGGAGACCAGGUCCAUUUCUGAACUUCAUCCUCUGUAA